AUGGAAUUAGAUCAUUUAAUUACCUGGUUAUCUUUUUGCUUGGGUAUGGAUUAUGUAAUAUCUUUGGCUUACAGGUACUAUGCAACAAACUGGUUGACUGAGAAGAGUGAUGUUUUCAGCUUUGGAGUUGUUCUAUUGGAAAUAAUCACAGGACGACUUGCAAUCACUAAAGCUCCGGAGAAACUUCAUAUAAUUAAAUGGGUUAAUUCCAUGCUUGAAAGAGGGGAUGUUAAGAAUAUUGUGGAUCCAAGGUUAGCAGGAGACCUUGACAUUAAUUCUGUUUGGAAAGCAAUAGAAGUGGCAAUGGCUUGUGUGUCUCCCAAUUCCAUCCAAAGGCCAACUAUGACUUAUGUAGUGAUGGAAUUAAAGCAAUGUUUGGCAAUGGAAUUGGCUCGGAUGCAUGAGGGCUUUGAGAUAGAUUUAGACCAAAUCAGUGGAAUGAACUUUGUGCAUACUGGAAAAACUCCCUUGGCAAGGUAG